UUAGCAGGGGUCUCUAAGGCUGUCUUUCCGUCGGCGGGCUUCGCUCCGUGCGCCACAGAGGACACAUUACUGCAGCAGAGCCCCGCUCCUGCUCCGCCCGACGCGCGGAUCAGCGCGUUUCUUAAUUAGGACAUCCCGGAAGAGAGUUGGAGCAAGGAGGCGACGGCUGGAGCGCAAGACCGGCAACCAAGACCCAGCACCGGGGAAAAACACUGACACCCACAAAAACAUCCCCAAAGAGCUUUACUGAGAACCAGAGGAGGGAGGUUCAUCACCAUGGAAGAUUUAAUGCAGCGGCUGGAGCGAGCGGUGACUUGUCUGGAGCAGAUCACCAUCACGACGCAGGCGUCCAGCGGCACGCUUAAUGGGAACUGUAUCAACGGCAUCGAUGGAGCUCUGCCUCAGUGUGUGGAGGCCUUCGAUGUGCUGCUGAGAGGACCAGUGUCAGACUACCUGAACUACAGCCGAGCUAUAGGAAACGAUGUGGAGAAACAUGCAGAGAUGGUGAACAACGCGCUGCAGACCGAGAGACGUUUCCUCAAGAUGGCUGCCACACACCAGGAACCUGCACAGACGGAGCUCCAAGACCUGCUGAAGCCAAUAUCAGAGCAGAUCCAGGAGAUCCAGAGCUUCAGAGAGCGAAACCGUGGCAGUUCCUUCUUCAACCACCUCUCGGCUGUCAGCGAGAGUAUUUCUGCCCUGGGCUGGGUGGCCGUGAGUCAGAAGCCUGGGCCCUACGUGAAGGAGAUGAACGACGCGGCCACCUUCUACACCAAUAGAGUGCUGAAGGAGUAUAAGGAAACAGACAGACGUCACGUGGACUGGGUUUGCUCCUACCUGUCAAUCUGGACGGAGUUGCAAUCCCUCAUCAAACAGCAUCACACGACAGGACUCGUGUGGAGCAAGACUGGUCCUGUUGCUCCUGCUUCUCUGGUUGACUCCCGGCCAGCUCCCAGUGCUCCCUGUCCACCACCUCCUCCUGGCCCUCCUCCCAUCUUCACUGACCACGACAGCCCGUCUCCGGCAGACACUGCAGCAACCCAGCAAUCAGCCUUAUUUGCCCAACUCAACCAGGGCAUGAACAUUACUAAAGGUCUAAAGCACGUUUCAGAUGGGCAGAAGACUCAUAAGAACCCUAACCUGCGCUCUCAAGCAUCCAGUGAAAAGCAAAAACCAAGAGCCAGUGACAUCACCCAGAGUAGCUGUCCAGAAAAAAAACCUGUAUUGGAGCUGGAAGGAAAGAAAUGGAGGGUGGAAUACUUUGAGCAGAAACAUGAUUUAGUGAUCGAGGAGACAGAACUAAAACAGGUGGUGUACGUCUUCAACUGUAACAACGUCACCCUGCAGGUUAAGGGAAAAAUUAACUCCAUCAUUGUCGACAAUUGUAAGAAACUGGGUCUGGUUUUUGAGAAUGUUGUUGGAAUUGUGGAGGUAAUCAACUGCAAAGCCAUCCAGUUACAGGUAUUGGGAAAAGUUCCCACCAUGUCCAUCAACAAAACGGAGGGAUGCCAGGUCUACCUGAGUAAAGACGCUCUAAACUGCGACAUUGUCAGUGCCAAGAGCUCGGAGAUGAACAUCCUAGUACCAGUAGAAGAUGAUUAUAAAGAGUUCCCAGUCCCGGAGCAGUUCAAGACCGUCUGGGACGGAUCCAAACUGGUGACAGAACCCACAGAGAUCGCAGGCUGAUUGAAAAUCACAAUAUUUCUGUACAAAUAUACAAAAAAUGCACAAAAACAAGAACUGUGUAAUUUUAACUCCUUGAUGCUCUAUUAGUGAUUAGUUUCUUCAGAAAACUGUUGACCGCAAUAAGAUGAAAUCACUCCACACUCAAGUUUCACUAAUAGUGUGCACAUUCACCCUUUUUUACAUUUAUGUGCCAUAGACAUUUAUGAAAGCAGAUUUAGCUAAAAUAAGAAAAAUUAUCAUAAUCAGAUCUCAUUUUACUAAAAAAGUAUUUUCUGUAACUGUUUCAAGGCAAAUAUAAUCUAUUAAUGUGCAUCUUUUUUUCCACACAAGCCCAUUUGUCACAUUUCAAUAUUAUGAACGUUAAUUUGUUUCUUUAAUGUGUCUACUGUAUGAAAAACGGUAACAUUUAAACAAGCACAUGAAUUAUUAUUAUUAUUAUGAAUACUGCAAUAUUCUCCAUUCUCACAUUAAUUGCUGCAGGUGCUUUCUUGUCAGUGCAUAAACCUGUUUAGUAUAAGGAAUGAGCUGAGAUAUUGCACAAGAAAAGGUCCCAUGUGCUGCUGCAGACAUUACAUUAACUGGUCAUGUUAAUAAAAACCUGGUUCUUUACCUGCAAAUUAUAAAAAAUAUCAUUAGCAACA